UCCCUGUAGCAGCACAGCCCCCUCCUGCAGAGCGCUCUGCCCCGGGAGCCUCACAGAGGAGGAAGGGAAUAAAGAGUCGGUGGCCGGGACCGUCUCCACGAUGGGGAAGGAUUACUACAAGGCCCUGGGGAUCCAGUCGGGGGCCAACGAGGACGAGAUCAAGAAAGCCUACCGGAAGAUGGCCUUGAAGUACCACCCCGAUAAGAACAAGGACGCCAACGCGGAGGACAAGUUCAAGGAGAUUGCCGAGGCCUACGACGUCCUGAGCGAUCCCAAGAAACGGGCCGUCUACGACCAAUACGGGGAGGAAGGGCUCAAAACAGGCGGCGGCUCCACCGGCAACACAGGGAGCACCUUCCACUACACCUUCCACGGAGACCCCCACGCCACCUUUGCCUCCUUCUUUGGGGGCUCGAAUCCCUUCGACAUCUUCUUCACCAGCGGUCGCUCCCGAGUCUUCAACGGCUUCGACCACGACGACAUGGACGUCGACGAGGACAGCGACGACCCCUUCAGUGCCUUUGGGCGGUUCGGCUUCAACGGCCUCAGCGGUGUUCACCGGCGGCACCCAGAGCCCAUCCACAUGCGGCGGAAGGUGCAGGACCCCCCGGUGGUCCACGAGCUGAAGGUCUCCCUGGAGGAGAUCUACCACGGCGCCACCAAGCGGAUGAAGAUCACCCGCCGCCGGCUGAACCCGGACGGGAGGACCGUGCGGGCCGAGGACAAGAUCCUGAACAUCGUCAUCAAGCGCGGGUGGAAAGAGGGCACGAAGAUCACUUUCCCCAAGGAAGGGGAUGCCACGCCUGACAACAUCCCCGCCGACAUCGUCUUCGUCUUGAAAGACAAGCCGCACACCCACUUCAGGCGGGACGGGACAAACAUCAUCUACGCGGCCAUGAUCAGCCUGAAAGAGGCCUUGUGCGGCUGCACCGUCAACAUUCCCACCGUCGACGGGCGCGUCAUCCCCCUGCCCUGCAACGACAUCAUCAAGCCCGGCACGGUGAAGAGACUGCGGGGGGAGGGGCUCCCCUUCCCCAAGGUCCCCACCCAGCGCGGAGACUUGAUUGUAGAGUUCAAAGUCCGCUUCCCGGACCGGAUAGCCCCCCAGACCCGGCAGAUCCUCAAGCAACACCUCCCCUGCUCCUAGGCGCGCGGCCCCCCCACCGCCGCCCCCGGGCCGGGCCGGCCUCCUCUCCACCUUGCCAGCUGUAAGCAGCGAUACUUCACGCCCCGCGGCCUGUACCGUGCCCGGGGGCUCACUGCAGACCACACCCUCCUUUCCCAGGAGGCACGCUGGCCUGGCUUGUCUGUGCUCUCUCCCUUUCCCUGCCCCUCCCCGGACCUGGCUCCCCGGCCGCGUGUGAGCGGGAGCCCCGCCUGCGUGUGCCCACGGUCGCUCUGCGGGCUGCUGCUGCUGGACAACUGACCCUGCCGCACUCAGCGGGAGCCUCGGUGCAGAUCGGACUACGGCACCUCUCCCGUUCCUGCCGGGGCGUCUGAAGAUCUUCUCACCGCUGCUGCUUGGACGACCGGCUCAUGCCAAAAGCCGGCCCAGCCUGGUGUGCCCAGAGCAGGCCAAUUCGAACCCAGAGCCAAGCUCUCCCGAACCACGAGUGCACCUGCCGGGAGUGGCAGAGCCUUUCUCCCGGCUCCUCCUCCUCUGCAAAGGACACUGACUUUUUCCUCUGCCAAGCCGUACCCGGCCAGGGUGGGCUCCUCCGUUGCGGCACUGCGGGAGAGCUGGGGGCACCCUUCUGGCCAGCGCUGCCCGAGCGCCCAGCCGCCGUGGCCGCCGCUCUCGCUGGGCCUGCCUGGACUCCUGCUCUCGCUUGCUCCAAUAGAAACUUUGCAAGGGUUGGUCUCUCGCCUGUCCGUUUUGGGUUGUGCAGAGUGGUGCGUGCUUGUCUACCUUGGGGCAGCGCUUCUCCCUCCCGCACCAGGCCGCUGUGUUGGGCCAGAGGCCAGGAGCAGCGCCUGGGCCGAUGUCACGUGGCGGCAGGGACCGGCGUGGGGCCUUUUACCUUCCGGGGCCGCAGAAGGGGCGGGGCGGAGGGCUGAGAUCCGCUGGGGUGCUGGGGUGGUUGCCAACAGCGUGUUUUUCAAAAACCUUUUUCCGAGGGAGAAGUUGCUAACCCAACACGACUUCUUGCCAGCUAAACUUUGCUUCAUCUGCAGGGGCCCCUCUGGGGACUGAGCCGUU